AUGCAGCCUGGGGGACCACUGUACACGCGAUCAACUGGUCUAUCAAGAAAGUUCACCCAAAACUUGAGACAUAGUGGUUCAUUUGUCAGUAGAGAUUUCAAGGUUCUGCUUCAAAUACUUCCUGUAAUUCUGAUUACAGAAUUCUCUGGAAAUCAUGAGCUAGACCUUGUGACAUCAGACUUUGAUAACUAUAUUAUCAGAGUAGAUAAUGCAGUGAAGUGCUUGAUCAGAGCAUUAUUUGACUAUGAUAAAGGAACCAAGAAUGAGCUCCACAAGGCAUAUUGCACCAAGCUGAAAGUUCAUUACUUGACACAUCUCAAGGAAAAUAUAAUUCGUUUUGGCCCAGCUCUCAAUUAUGAAACAGAAAAGGGCAAACAGUUCAAUAAGCACAUUUGCGAACAUCUGUUUCAUACGAAUCGCCAAAACACUUCCAGGGAUGUUUGCCUAAAGUUUGCAAAGCAGGUAGCAUUGCAACAUAGGUUCAUUAAGGACAACAAUAAAUCUUUGUUCUAUUACACCUUCUUUGGCGGCUCAAGAGAGCUAAAGGACAACAAUGACACUAGAGAUAUUGAAGAUGAUGCCGUCCAAAACAACAGUUUUGGCGCGUUUGUUUUUAAAGAUGAUCCAAUCUCUCGCCCUCGUAUAGGACUUGUCUCAGGCUCUGUUGUUAAGUUUCUUAGCAUUGUUCCUCGUACGGAUAAUGUCAGAAACAAUAACUAUGCCAAGGCUGUAAUGACAGGUGAGCAUUCUGAUGUUGCUAACAUGAAUCUCGUUUGUAAGUCAGAUUUGCACAUUUUCCACAACCUAUUUUACAUUGUAAAUUUGAGCAAGUUCGGUUCCUACUGGUUCAUUUUCAAUAAUAUUCUUUUUGAUGAAUAA